AUGGAGAACAAGAGGAAUGUGACGGAAUUCAUCUUAGUAGGUCUGUCACUGAACCCCACAGUGCAGAAAGUGCUGUUUGGGGUGUUCUUGCUUCUGUAUGUGAUAACGCUUUCAGGAAACCUUCUCAUCGUGGUCACCAUCGUCAGCAGCCAGGCCCUGAACUCGCCCAUGUACUUCUUCCUGACCCACCUUUCCUUGAUAGACACAAUUUAUUCUUCCUCCUCGGCUCCCAAGCUGAUCGCAGACUCCCUUCAUGAGCAGAAAACCAUCUCCUUCAAUGGGUGUAUGACGCAAGUGUAUGCCGAGCAUAUUUUUGGUGCCACUGAGAUCCUUCUGCUGACAGCGAUGGCCUAUGACCGCUACGUGGCCAUCUGCAAGCCCCUGCACUACAGCGCCAUCAUGAGCCCCAGGCUGUGUGUCCUGCUGGUGGGAGUGGCAUGGACUGGAGGGUUUCUGCAUGCCACCAUCCAGAUCCUCUUCACGGUCUGGCUGCCCUUCUGUGGCCCCAACGUCAUCGACCACUUCAUGUGUGACUUGUACCCUCUGUUGAAACUCGUGUGCAGGGACACUCACCUCCUUGGUCUCUUUGUAGCUGCCAACAGUGGACUCAUCUGCCUGUUAAAUUUCCUGCUGUUGGUGUGUUCCUAUGUGAUCAUCUUGUGCACUCUAAGGAGCUACAGCGUGGAAGGCAGGCGCAAAGCCCUCUCCACCUGUGUCUCUCACAUCACAGUGGUUGUGUUAUGUUUUGUGCCCUGCAUAUUUGUGUAUCUGCGUCCAGUGACCACUCUGUCCAUUGAUAAAGCAGUUGCUGUAUUUUAUACUGUGCUGGCACCUUUGUUAAAUCCUUUAAUCUACACCCUCAGAAAUGCAGAGGUAAAAAAUGCGAUAAGGAAGCUGUUGAGGAAAAAAAGGACUUCAGAUGAUAAUUAUUAA